AUGAUGCGCAGAAGCCACAAAAAGUCUCGGCGGGGAUGUCUCGAGUGCAAGCGUCGCCAUAUCAAAUGCGACGAAACUCGACCUCAGUGUAUGAACUGCAUAACUGGGGAGCGAGACUGUCAGUACUCGACUCCCUGGGAACCUCCAAGGGAGUCGCUGUCGGAUUACUCCGCAAGCCCGCAGACCCCGUCGCCAGGGCCUAGUUUCACCCCGGCUCCGGCUCCGGGCCCGGCCCCAGCUCCGGCCCCAGCUCCGGCUCUCGCAGUGUUUCCAGAUGUAUAUGUCACCCCAGCGGUGGAUGAUUUGCAUUCCGGAGUGAAUAUGGCGCAUAUGGAGGUUUUCCACCAUUACAUGACGGACAACGCUGGCAUCUACCCGCUCUUUGAUGGGAGCUUGAAGCAGAUCAUUACCUCGACCGCCCUCCGACAACCACUGGUUAUGCAUUCGGUCCUGGCGCUUUCGGCAUACCAUCUCAGCGUCGUUCGGCGCGAUCAACAAGCAUUCUAUCAGAACCUGGCGAUGCAACUCCAGACGCGUGCUCUGUCUCUUUUCAACAGCAUUGAUCUCGGUUCCCUCGGGGAUUCUGUCGAGAAGCGUAUUCCCAUCUUCAUUUUUUCCUGCAUUCUUGGCUUCUUGGGACUCUGCGAUAUGCUCUCCCACCGAGACGGCGACUUCCCCGCCGCCUUUGCUCGGUUCCAGGGAUACCUGCGCCUCCACCGCGGCAUAUACACGGUUAUGCAGGGACAUUGGGAUCAACUGCGACGCACUGAGCUAGGGAUUAUCUUUGACGACUUGGUGCCGCAGCGUUACCAGAUGGAUGUUGAGGGACAUGAUUGCGACGACAUUCGCGGCAGAAUCGAGUCCUCCAGUCUGGAUACCGAGGAGCUUGAGGGAGCGCGAAAAGCCAUCAACACUUUGCAAUGGGUAUUCGACGCCAGGCCCAGCCCGAAAAGCCGGGCCUAUGCGCUCUGUGACUGGGCCGUCUUGGUCCCAGCUCCAUUCGCCGCGAUGUUGGAAACUGGCAGGCCCGAAGCCCUAGCCAUCCUUGCGUACUACUUCCUCGCACUCCAUCUUUGCAGAGACAUGUGGUUGAUAGGCGAUUCAGGGCAGUUUCUGUUAACAUUGCUCGUCGACCAUUUCCGCGGUGGGCCUUGGGAAGCGUGGGUCGAGACCCCGUAUCGGAUGCUGAAAGACUCCCUGGAAAGGGACGCAUUGAAGAACCAGAUUUUAGCGGACCGUAGGCUAGUUCCCGCCCUUGACACACCGGCUAUCCCAAUGGCCCGAAAAUUUGCGGUUACCAGGCCCCGGGAGGCUGAUGCCGCCCGCAUCGCAGAGAUUCACCUUGCUGCAAUGGAUUCCAAUCCUCUGUUGCACGCUCAAUUCCCUUCUCCCGACAGCCUUUCGGUUCUACAAGCCUUUCUGAAAGCUCAUACAGCCGCCCAGUUGCGAGAUGCUGCUAGCGGAAUUCUAGUCGCAGAGGAUCCCGAAACGGGGUUGAUUGCUGGCUUUGCGAAAUGGGACUCGCCGUCGCAUCCCGAGCCCAAGCUCGAGAGCGGCGAUUUGAGAUACUUGAAGGGGUGCCGACGUGAGUUCCUAGAGGAAUACGCGGCACUUGCCGCUGAGGCGGAGAAAAGAUUGUUUGGAGACCAACCCUGCUACCGCUUGAGCUUUAUCUGUAUAGAUCCGGCGUACCAAGGGCAGGGAGCAGGCUCUCUGCUCACGCGGGCUGUCCUUGAAUUAGCUGAAGCAGAUGAACUGCCGGUUUAUUUGGAGAGCACCGAAGUUGCUGUCCCCAUGUAUGAGAAACUUGGGUUCCGGACCAUCGAUGCUUUCGAGAUGAGAAUCCCAGGACAUGGACCGGCAGGGCGAGAGGUCAUCUAUAGGGAGCAGUGCAUGGUCUGGUAUCCGCCAUCGACGCGGAAAUACGCCGGGAUUCCUAAUGAUACAUUGGCGAGGGUAGGCAGCGAAUGA